CCAUAUUGACCAGCGAAGGGAGAAGACCAAGAUCUCUUUGUGUCUGAUCUUUUCAUUAGGAACACAACAAACUCGAAUGCUCAGAAAGUUUACUCUCUGUUUCCAACACAAGCAGAGGAAUCCUUCAUAUGCGACCGAACCAGAUGGGAGCGAGCGAUAUAAUAAUUUGGACGCCCCUAGCUUCAGGAAUUUAUUCAACGAAGUCAGGGUACUUUGAAACAGCAAAUGCAGAGGCCAUAACUAUGCCUAACUUCAAGAGAAAUACAGAAUUCAACUGGAUAAAAAAUGUGUGGACCAUUACAACGGCCCUCAAGAUCCAAAUCUUUAUUUGGAAAGUACUACAAGAAGCUUUAUCUUUAGGACCCACACUCCAAAGAUGUGGCUUACUAGCUGAGGCUGUUACUUGCUCACGCUGUGGAGAAGCGGAAACUGCAAUUCAUAUCUUUCUCAAUUGCAGAUUUACCAAACGAAUCUGGAAGAUCCUCCCCCUCAACAGACCUACUGAUCCAACUACUUUCGACUCCUUUGAACAGGCCAUUGCUAAGCAAGCUAGGAACUCUCUGAUCUUUGAGAAACUUGAUCUUAGCCAAGAAGAUAUAGUAUGCAAAUCCCUGCACCUAGCCAGAGAAUGGAAAGAAGCUCAACUUCCAAAAGAAGUACAACAUUCACUCCAACCGAGACCUUCCCCAACUUUAGAUCAGGAGGCUGUGACUUGCCACACGGAUGCGUCAUGGACACCAAAAAAUGGGGAAGCAGGCUUUGGCUGGAUAUUUUUAGACUCUACGGGGUAGGCACUCGGAGAAGGAUCCUCGACGGAACCCCAUGUGGCUUCUGCGCUCAUGGCAGAGGCCAUUGCUAUUCGUGAAGCUCUGCUACAUGCAAGGCACUCCACUUCACUAAAAUCUCCAUUCGCUCAGAUAAUCAGGUGCUUAUCAAAGCACUCAACUCGAAACAACACCCGGUGGAAAUCUAUGGAUUAACACUGGACAUCGAGUCUCUAUCAUCUAUGUUUUCUUCGUUGCAUUUCGCCUUUAUCCCUAUAUCUCUAAACUCUGUUGCUGAUAAGCUUGCAAAAUCAGCAUUAUGUAACUCCAACUCUUCUUUGCGUUGAGGCUUUUAUUUAAGUAAUUGGUCCUUCAAAAAAAUUGAUGUAAUUCAAUAAUUUAUAAAACAUAAACUAAUAUAUUUAACA